CGAUCGGCACGCGUAGUCCCCGAUCCGCAGUCGAAGAGCUCGGAAGUGUUCCAGGUGCAGAGCCCCUUUCACAUUACCUCGUUCAAUACAUCGAUUGCUGUAGCUAACCCACUUCCGCUGAGGUUCGCUCAAAGUCCGUCGAUUUGAAUAAAGAUCACCUUUCGCUGACCCGCCGACUGUUCGACAUGGAGAUAUUCCUGCGAUUGCUGGCCUUUGUGCUGAACGCCUUUGGCAUGCUGGUGAACAAAAUAUUGGACCUUGUACUCCGCCGCCAGCGACCCAGUUUCCCGGGAAUCCGAGAUCUCCUGCUCAAUAAGUCCGUCGUGGAAUUGGUCACCCAAUUGCGACGUGGUGAGAUCUCCUCGGUGCAGCUGGUCAGCGCGUAUAUAGCCCGCAUCCAGGAGGUGAAUCCUUCGCUGAACGCCGUCGUCGAGGAUCGAUUUGAGGCUGCUUUGCAGGAUGCCCGUUUGGCGGACCAGUUGAUCGCGAAGGCGAGCUCGGAGUUCGAUCGGGUGGCCCUGUACACCAAGUAUCCCAUCCUGGGCGUGCCCUUUACCGUUAAGGAAUCCUGCGGUCUCAAAGGAUUAUCUUUUGCCGUUGGCAGUCUGGCUCGCAAGAACAUGAAAGCUCCACAGGAUGGCGACGUGGUGGAGUUGGUUCGAGCUGCCGGAGGCAUUCCCCUUUUGGUAUCUGCCAACCCAGAAUUUUGCAUGAGUUUCGAGACCAGCAACAACAUUCAAGGACGCUGCCUGAAUCCUUUCGAUCUGCGACGCACUUCCGCAGGAUCUUCGGGUGGUGAGGGAUCCCUGAAUGGCUGUGGAGCCACCACGUUUGGAGUGGGUUCCGAUAUCAGUGGUUCCAUCCGCCUGCCCGCCUUGUUUUGUGGCGUCUUUGGCCACAAGCCCACUGGAGGACUUACCUCGGUCAAAGGUCACUUUCCGUAUUCUCUGACGGACAGCAAGUUCCCUAAGAUGCUGCAGAUCGGUCCGAUCACGAGAUUCGCCAGGGAUUUACCUUUGCUGUUGGAAAUCAUGGCGGGCAACAACAAGCACAAGCUGAAAAUGUCGGAACCAGUGACCUUAAAGGAUAUGAAGGUAUACUACGCUUUUGGGUACUCGGGAUUUAACUGCCUUACCCAUCCCGUAGUGGACUUUGAUAUUCAACUGGCCAUCACAAAAGCUGUUAAGUGCUUGGAGCGAGGAGGAGUUCAAGCGAAGAAGUUGGAUCUUAAAUUCCUGAGCAACUCUCUGGAGAUCGCCCUGGUUUCCUUGGUAGACCUCAAAGGUCUGCCCAGCAUCGUUACCCAGCGAGCGGACCGAGAUCCCUCGAUGCGACUGUUGAUGGUGGAGCUCUUCAACAGCAUCAUUGGUCACUCAAUCUUCACCAAGGAGGCCAUGGUUCUGGAAGUGAUGAAGCGCUUCAAUGGGCUAAUGGCCUCUGGAAACAUGGAAGAGUAUCGACAGGAUGUGCAAAAGGUCAAAAGUCACCUGAAUCAACUUCUUGGCACUCGAGGAGUCCUCAUCCUGCCCACCUUCCACACCAGCGCCCUCUGCUUCCACACCUCGCUGCUGAAUGUGACGGGGAUCGACAACUUGCUGCUCUUUAACGUCCUUGGACUGCCCGCCACCCACGUGCCCAUGGGCACCAACAAGAGGGGGAUGCCAAUCGGACUUCAGGUGGUGGCAGCCCAGUACCAGGACAAGCUCUGCCUGAAAGUCGCCGCCGAACUGGAGGCCGUUUUCCACGGAUGGGUGCCACCGGUGCCACAUGCCACCGACACCAAGUGAAGAAUCUCCUUCUCUCUAUUUAGUUAAGGUUCAAGGUUAAAUUUCAUUCAAAGAUUAAGUUCAGUUGUAAAGAUGAAAGUGCAAUUCGUUUAAUAUACGUCAUCAAAUUGAAUUUA